AGUCAAAUCGAUGCGCUGCCCGCUCCCCCCGACCUCGCGCCAUACGCCCUUGCUUCAGACCUCGCCGCGGCUGAGGGCCUGAUUGCCGCAAACCAAUCCAGUUUGACCGCCUUGAACACCAGCCUGACCACUGGCUUGGCGACUAAGGCGAACCAGUCGGCGCUGGACGCCCUGCAGCUAGAGGUCGACGGCAAAAGCACCCCCGCUUCGGUGGACGCCAAGCUGGCCAGCUACUCCACAACAUCCGCGAUGAACAGCGCGAUCGCCAGUGGCAAAAACGCGACGCUGGCCGCUGUCGCUAGCACCUACGCGCUGCGCACGGUCACCGAUCAGCUGGCGUUGGACCUCGCGGGCAAGCAAACCGGACUCGACGUAAACCAAAGAAUAGCGACCGCGCUGCUCGAUAGAGCCACGACCAGCGAUCUGAAUGCCGCCGUGGGCCUGCGAACCUCGCCCACUGACGUGGAUCACAAAAUAGCGACGGCGCUGUUGAACUACGUCACUCAGACCGCGCUGGACGCGGCCUUGGCCAUUAGAGACGGGCGAUUGGACGCUCUGCAGGCGGCGGGCUUUCAGACCACGGCGAGGGGCUUCCGCAAUCGCGACGGCCCUGCUUGCAUACACCGACAGCGCCGGCAUCAACGCGCUGCUUGCCCGGACGCGGCCAUCUCGGCCGCCAUAACAGCCGCCUUGGCGCCGUACGAGACGGCGGUCCAGCGAGAUGCCGCGAUCGCAGCCGCGCUUGAAAGCUACGAUAUACCGAGUCCCUAUUACACCACCGCUCAAACGGACGCCGCGAUCGCCGCCGCUUUGGUGCCGGAUUGCGCCGAAGUCAAUUCGGUGGUUUCGGGCGCGAUCGACGCGCUGAACAUCACGCAGUACAUUACCGCCGCGCAGGCCUCGACCGCCAUUUCGGACGCACUUGUGCCGUACUACGACGCCUCGCAAGUCGACGCGCAGAUCGCCGCCAACAGCUUUGACGCUAGCGACUAUUACACGCGGACCGAAAGCGACGCGAGAUAUUUUCCCACCAACGGCAACGCCGGAGGCAACGGCAUCAUCCCGCUCGUCCUCGAUAAUUUCACUCCCAGGAUGAUCCGGGCGCUUUUGCCCCGCUUCCCGCUGACGGCGAACACGAUACUCGGCAACGCCGCCACGAUCGAGCUGGAGUGCGACUGCUACAGCCAGAGCCAGUCGGAUGGGAGGUACUUCUCCAACAGCGAUUUCACCCCUCUGGACGGCCGCUAUUUCCCAGUGAACGGGAACGCGGGAGGCAACGGAAUCUUUCCGAUGGUGAUCACGACCCUCACGCCUAGAAUGAUUCGCGCCGUUCUGCCAAGAGCGCCCUUGAGCGGCGCGCUCAUUUUGGGCAACGCCGGCACGCUGGAACUGAGCUGCGACUGCUAUUCGAAGGCAGAAUCCGACGGCAGGUAUUUCGCGGCGUCGCACGGCAGCGCCCUGGACGGUCGCGUGACUGCCUUGGAAGGCAACCCCUUGCCCGCCGACAUCAGCGCGAACAGCGUGACCGCGACGGGCGACCGGCUGACUUUGGCUGGUGGCUCCGUGGGCACGAGAAUUCGCGACGCCGGCAGCAACGACUUGAUCACCGUGACGACUUCGGAAGCCUUCUUCGGCGUCAGGGCCAGAGUGGACCAAAGGCUCACCAUCGAUACCCCCAGCGGGCCUGACGAGGGGCUGUACACCGCCGCCGUGAGGGCGAGGGGCGGCGACGUGCUGCUCACGCUGACCGGAGGCAGCGCCGGGCUGCGGGCGGAAGGCGCGAUGGAGCUCACGGGAAUUUUGCUUUUCACGGGCACGACGGGCUUGGAAGUCGCCGAUCAGAGCUUGAACCCGCUGCUGCAAGUGGAAGACGACGAAACCAAGAGUCUGAGCAGAGCGUUCUCGAUCAGCAGGUCCGCCAUGGGCGGCGACGUCGGAACGAUCUUUCGAAACACCGCCCCCGUCGGCUUCGCUAGGCUGCAGCUGGAAGCCAACUCUGCGGUGGGCUUCGCGCAGCUCGAAGUGCCCUCCACGGGAGGUUGCACGCUGCACGCGCCUGGCCAGGAGAUUUGGCUGCAGAACAGAGUUUCGGGACAGGCCCCGCUGAUCGUCGAGACGGACAGCGACGUCACCGUGAGCUAUGGAUUCAACAAUUUGUCGGACGCUCGCGUGAAGCGGAACAUCAGAGAAGCGGACCUGGGCGCGCUGCAAGGCAUCUUCGACGCCGCGCAGCCGAAAAUUUACGACCGAAGCGACACCGCAAAGAACGAUUGCCUGGGGUUUGUGGCGCAGGACUUCGCGAAGAGCGGCGUCACGGGAACCACCAGGCGAGACGACGAAGAGCUGCUCACGCUCGACUACUGCAAGCUGACGGCGGUGCUUUGGGGAGUUUGCAAGCAGCUCCAAGCGAGAAUUGAAGCGCUUGAAAGCAAAAAAGCCAAGCCUAAG